GCGGGUACGGGUGCGGCUCCCCGAACCCGGGUGUCCUGAACUAAGGGACGGCGACAGUGUCCCCCGCGGGUGGGUGGACGUCUGUCCAUCCGGAAGGCGCCAGGCGAGUUGAAGACGGCGACCAUGGAAAACAAGCCGCUGGUGGUGUCCAAGCAGAAGGCGGAGGUGGUGCGCGGGGUCCCCACGCAGGUGGUCUGCACCGCCUUCAGCAGCCACAUCCUGGUGGUGGUGACGCAGUUCGGGAAGAUGGGCACCGUGGUGUCGCUGGAGCCCGGCCGCGGGGGCGGCGACCUCAGCCAGCCGCUGCUGACCACCCGGGUCCUCCUCGGGCCGGACGAGCCUCUCAUCCACGUCUUCGCAAAGAACCUGGUCGCAUUUGUGUCCCAAGAAGCCGGAAACAGAGCAGUGCUCCUGGCCUUGGCCGUGAAGGACAAGAGCAUGGAGGAGCUGAAGGCCUUGAAGGAUGUCAUCCGGGUGUGCCAGGUGUGGUGACCUGCAGUCAGCAGGACCAGGUGGAGGCUGGGUCCCCUACCAGGGUAUCCAAGACCCCUCCUCCGAGUCAGGAGGAGCCUCUGUGCCUUAGCCUUCGAAGCCAGAAAAGACAUCACAUGGCGGGCAGACGCCCGCAGGUGGUGACUGUCAUGGCGGGUGGUGGAGCAGGGAGUGGCUCUCAGAGGGACGGGUGCAUCUGUCUCAGUGACAGAUGAGUCAACCGGUGUGGCUCCUGGCCCCCAGAGCGCAGUAGCACUCAGAGAUUAUUUUUUAAUAAAAGUAAAUAUGUGUUCUUCAAAUACAUCAGUGCCCCUAACGACGCUGACAACAGCCUAAGUUCAGUUUAGCGCCUCGGUGGAAGGUGGCUUUGUGGUGGCAGCGGUGUGGUCUGAGGCUGACGGACGAGUCCCAGGUGUGGGUGGUGUGGUUUCUUUCUUCCAUGUGUCUUCGUGCUCCUCUGCCGUGACCCUCAGUGUCAGCUCCGCUCAGCAUUUGGUUCUGUCACUGUGGACACAGGCCGGGCCUCGGGAGCCACAGCACAAUGGGAGAAGGACGUGUGCAGAGGUUGCCUGUGACCGACUCAACCAGGACAGGCAGCACUGU